AUGGGGAGCCCAGGGCGCGUGACGACGCCUCGUGCUUGGGAGCCGAGGUCGAAGCACUGCUCGGAGCUGGGGGAAGUGGCGGCUUACGUCCCCGACCUGCUUUUGUCUGAGGACUUGAAGCAGGAGAGCCGCUGCGUGGAGAACUUCCACGGCGUGCUCCUCUUCGCGGAUGUGUCCGGUUUCACUGCUCUGACGGAGAAGUUCAGUCAGAGCAUCAACCUGGACCAGGGCGCGGAUGAGAUGGCGCAGACCCUCAACCGGUACAUGGGGGACAUCCUGGAGGAGCUGCUGGCUUUUGGAGGGGACGUCCUCAAGUUCGCAGGGGACGCCGUGCUGGUGCUGUGGCGCGUUCGGCAGACGCAGCUGCGGGACACCGUCGGCCUGGUGCUGCAGUGCAGCCAGCAAAUCCAGGCCAAGCACGGCACCCGCGACACGGACGUGGGCCUGAAGCUCCGCCUGAAGAUAGGCAUCUCUGCAGGGCACAUGUCCUUGCUGACGGUCGGAGACAAACAGGAGCAGCGCUUCCUGAUCGUCGGCCAGGCCGUGGGGGACGUUUGGCAGGCCCAGAACCUCGCCAGCGCCGGCGACGUCAUCCUGUCCGCCGGCUGCUGGGAGCUCUGCAACCAGAGCAGGGUCAAGGCCAAGUGCCUCAAAGGCCAGAAGGCUGCUGUGAAGGUUACAGGCGUGGAACGGAUGUCUCUCUCCGAGCGGGAAGACAUCUCCUCCAAGGUCGCCCGAGCGCGGCUGAGCUCCUGCUCCACUCAGCAGCCAGGCGUCCUGAGGCCUGCCAUUACCCUGGCCCCUCGUCGUGCCCUGGGGAAGCUGCUGCGCAAGUACCUGCCAGCAACGGUGCUGAGGAAGCUCGACGACGGACAACCCCUGGAGUACUUGUCUGAGCUGCGGCCGGUCACCUGCCUCUUCGUCAAGCUGCAGUUUGCUGCCCGCGUCAACCUGACGCACAUCUUCAAGGCCAUCCAGGACAGCAGCGUGCUGAUGUCGGAGAUCCUCCGUCCGCACAAGGGCGAGAUCAACAAAAUCUCCAUGUUCGACAAAGGCUGCACGUUCCUGUGUGUGUUCGGACUGCCCGGACAGAAGGUGCCCUGCGAAAGCGUUCACGCCUUGGAAAGCGCCGUUAAAAUCUCCAGGGCGUGCUUGUCGAGGCCGCGGAAGAUCGAGGCGGUCUCCGUCGGGGUCACCAGCGGCACCGUGUUCUGCGGAGUCGUCGGCCAUCGCGUGAGGCACGAAUACACAGUCAUGGGCCAGAAGGUGAAUUUGGCAGCUCGGCUGAUGGAGCACUACCCCGGGGUAGUGUCGUGUGACGCCGCAACCUACGCCGCCUCCCGGCUGCCCCGCUCCUACUUCAGGGAGCUGCCGGAGGCCAAGAUGAAAGGGGUUGUCGAUCCUGGCACCGUCUACCAGUACCUGGGGAUCUCGGAGAAGCCGGUGCUCGGCACGGGUGUCCCGAAGGCGAGGUCCGAGUAUUCCCCGUUGCUCGGUCGGGAGAAGGAGCUCGCCCUCUUUGCAAGCCACCUGAACGCCUAUGUGGCUAGGAAAGAAAGCCACAUCCUGGCGUUUGAGGGCGCGAUAGGCUCCGGGAAGAGCCACCUCUUUAGUGAGCUGGCCUGCUUAGGGCAGGCCGCUGGGCACAGGGUAGUGGCUGUGGAGCUGACGGAGCUAAACCAGCGGCAGGUCUUCUCGGCCGUGCACAUGGUGCUGGCCAUGGCCAUGGGCCUCCAGGCCUGUAAAUCCUGCAGCGCGAGACAGCUCGUCCUGCAGGAAAAGCUCCGAGGGCUCAUGGAAGAGAGCAGCUACUGCCUGCUCAAUGUGCCCUUCCUGGUUAAGUUCCCACUGUCGGAGCAGGUGUCCAAGAUGAGCGGUGCUCAGAGGACAGUGGAGUUGGAGUCGAUCUUCAAGAAAGUGCUGCAGAAGACCGUUGAAGAAGACGUUGCCCUGUUUUUCAUCGACAACGCGCAGUACAUCGAUCCUACCUCCUGGGCUGCGAUGUCGCACGUGCUCAGGGACGUCCCGAUCUUCCUGGUCGUGGGCUUUGCUCCCGGGCGCUGUGGAAGGGAGAGGCUUUGCAAAGCAGCUGCUGACAUCGUGAAGCUGCAGCAAACGACCUACGUCCAGCUGGAAGAGCUGCAGCCUGCAGCUGUCGUGCAGAAAGCCUGCCACGACCUCGGAGUGGUCAGCGUGCCCCGGGACCUGGAGACGUUCCUGAUGCAGAGAAGCUACGGGAUCCCGUAUUACUGCGAGGAGCUGCUGAGCUACCUUCGUCGGCACGACCUGCUCCUCUUCCAGCAGCAGCGGAAGCAGGAGAAAGCCGAGGCCAAGUGGGAGAAUCUCUUCACUUCUGGGACGGAGGCUUCAGCAGCGGCCGCGUGCUGGCGCGCCGGGGCGGGGAAGGAGCGCAGGGUCUGCGCCGUGAGACCUGGCGUGGACCUGCAGAACACCGUGCUUCCCCCGACCCUGAAAGGGAUUGCGCUGGCUGAGCUGGACAGCAUGAAGCCCUCCGAGCGGAUGGUGUUGAAGUGCGCAGCCAUCAUCGGGCGGACGUUCACCCCCGAGCUGCUCUUCCACGUCCUUCCCAGGUGGACCAGGACAAAGAUGUACAAGACCUUGGAUGUCCUGGUGAAAGGCAACCUCCUGAAGUGGCUGAGUGCUGACGAGGUGGCAGAGGACGGCAGCGUUGCCACCAAGGGAUCCUCCAGCUCUCUGCAGGAAGCAAGCGAUGCCCCGAAGGGGUCCGCGGGCGAGAGCGAGACCGCGAGGCUGCGGCGCGGCGUCCUGGCCUUCUGCGCCCCGCUGCUGCGGGAGGCUGCCUACGAGCUGUGGCCCAAGGCGCAGAGGGUGGCCAUGCACGGCAAGUGCGCGGCCUUCCUGGAGAGGCGGGCGCACAAGUGCCGGUGCUGCGGCGGGGGGGACUUUGUGCCCUUCCACCGCUUGGCCGUCAGCAGCAGCAGCAGCAGCCAGGAGGGAGAGAGCUGCGACGGCACCGCCAGCGAGCGCUGCUCGCCCCGCCGGGAGGCCUCCUUGGCGGCAGAGGAGGAGCUGAAGAGGGCCGCGCUCCGCACCGCUCCAGAUGCCGCAAAAGGUGCGGAGGAAGAGGAGAGCUGCACGGAGGAGACCUCUGGGGAGGCAGAGCGGUUUCUGGCGCAGGCGGAACGGGUGCCUGCGGUGCCUGGCCGGAGCAGAGGGACGCCCGGGGCCGCGCGCUCCUGCGAGUGCAAGGCCGUCGUGGAGCUGGUGCUCGUGCCCCUGGCUCACCACCACACGGCAAUGGGCAACGAUGCCAGAGCCCUCUACUACCUGCUGGAGAGCGCGGCUGCCUGCUUGCACGUCUCCGACAACUACCUGGCCUUCACGAGCCUGCGCAAAGCAGAGGCCCUGAGGAGCUCGGCGGCUCAGAAAGCCCCGGUGCCGGCCUGCUUUGAAGAAGCCACCUUCCUGAGCCUGCAAGGGGAGGUGUGCUACAACGUGGGACGCGUGGAGCUGGCCAAGACGACCCUCAGGAAGGCGCUGAGCCUGCUGGGCCGGAAAUUCCCGGGCACCUCGGCUGGCGCCUUCUUUCAGCUCCUGCUGGAGCAGUCGGCGCACGCCUCUCACCAGAAGAGCAGAGGCUCCUGCCCUCCCGCAGAGGCGGGGACGGAGAGGCUGCCCUGGCUGUUCCAGCAGAGCCGCUGCCUUUCCUUGCUGCGGCAGCUCUUCAGCCUGGAGAACACUUCCAGCGGCCGGAGGCUCUCGCUCCUCGCAGCGCUCAUGAGGGUCAACGCGGCCGAGGAGUCCGAGGACGCGAGUCACAUCCUCGCGUCCUACCUGGAAUAUGUGCAGUGCUGCCAGGAGCUGGGCCGCCAGGAAGAGCGGAUGGAGAGCGGGCGGGCGCGCGGCCGUCCAGCUUAGCUCCGGCGUCGAGCCCUUUGGAGGAGGAGGGGCGUUAACCGCGGCAGAACUGGCCCAGGCCCUGUCCCGUCUGCACCUCAGCCUGGGAAAUCUGCCCCUCUCUGUCGACGUCGUGCACGGAGCUGGAGAAGCCCGACCUGGACCGGGAGCUUCCAGGCACGCUCUUCACGGCGCUCUUUCUCCAGAUGAGCCUGAAGUCUCGCACGUGAUUUUCAUGAGAAUCCUGCAGAAGGUGUACGGGAUCCGCCCAGAGCAUUUCUACAUGGUUUGCGUGCAAUGUCCUGGCUCGCGUGGGGCAGAUAAUAAAUGUUGGCCGUAGAGAUGAAAUGUUGAAGCGUUGCUCUCCUUUGCGUGUCGUGAGGUCAGGAGGACGCCGCCAGGAAGAUGCCUGUCAACAUUGACAUCGUGUAUCCCCAAAUAUUUGAAGGCUUUCUCCCUGUUUGUAACUUGUUUAUUCACAUCCUUUAUAGACUUCUCUGGUAUACGCGUGAACAAACAUACGUCUGUCGCCCGUUAGACUGCGC